CUGUUUACGUUGAGCGCUGGAGUGAGCGGGAGUGAGGUUAGUGAACAUUGGCUCUGAAAUGGCGGGACUUUCACAGUUCACUCAUGAGUAUGGACUACAGACCGUUCACGUACAACAAAGUAGCGGUGCUGAUAAUGAUAUUGACCAAGUUAUCAGUGUCCUGACACAAAUACAAGAAGAAUAUAAAUCAGCAGUUCUCCAGAUGCAGAAGAUUUUGGGAAAACUCAUUACACCAGAUGACCUUUCUGGAAGUGCUAAAAGUGUACUUUGUAAAACAGUAGAUUGUCUGCAGGCUUUGAACAUUAAUGAUGCAACCCCAACUAACAUAGUUCUUCAGAAUACAAGGAUGGUAAUGGAAGAAUCUCGCCUUUCAAGAAAAAAACUGCAAUUUCAAAAUAAAUUGUGGCAGCUGUCUACAGAGAAACAGAGAGUUGCAGAGUUGGAAAGGGAUAUUCAGUCUGCAAGGAAAGAACAGGAGGACUUCAGAAAGGCAAUGAAAGGGAAGGUUAUUGAAACUCAGUUUCUUCAACAUAAGAUGGAAGAAUAUAAGAACACAUUAGAAAAGCUCAAGGCUGAACUACAGAGACUAGGUGUUUCAGUACACCACAGAACCAUACAGGAGAGAGUGGAAGCCAUCGCACAGAUGAAAAAUGAAUGUGCCAAAUUAAGACAGAAGUUUCAAAAAUAUGAAGGACUUCCACCAGAUUUGGCAAAGGCGCAGGAACUGUUGGCUCAGCUUAAACAGAAAUCCAUACAUGUUGACCAGCAAAUACAGACUCAGCUCGUAAAACACAGACAACUGACUGCAAGUCUGAUGUCUGUGCCUCGACAGCAAGCAUCCUGGGACUUAAGACAACCAAAAGAUGAGCCAAGAAACACAUAAUACACAAGUUAUUAGAAACC